UCUUCAGAUCAAUGGUCGUGCGCGUCAGAGAGACACCCUCCUUCCUCCGUUGGCCAUCAUGAAUGUUUGGUCGUUUGUCUCAGUCUCAGUACUCCACGUAUUGCUUUGUAUGUCUGUUACUCUUGCUGCCGUUGUAGAUGUAUCGUACAAAAAUCUUGAUAAGGUCAGAAAAGCAGAGCCAUUUUCAGUCUUCUUGAUCGUUACCAAAAAUUGUGAGAAGUGCCGACUUUUGUAUCCAAAGUUUGUGGCCGCCUCCCAAGCCUUUAAGGGGGACACUUCCGUUUUGUUUGGUCGGGUCAAGGACACAAAACUGACCUCAGAAUGGGAGGUCACUUCCUUCCCGUCCCUGGUGUUCUUUGAGAAGGGCGGCAGGCACCCAAUGAAACACCGGGGUGACAUCACGGUGGACACGGUGACGGAAUUCGUGUCCCGGGCCCUGGGGAGGGACAGCGCGACCGUGCGGCGCCACUACACCACAGAACUGACCACCACUAACUUCUACGAGAUCGUGGGGAUUCCCCGCCAGUUCAAAUUUCUACUGUUGUACAAACAAGAACACGAGGAGGAAGUCGCUAGAAUUGAAAAAUACGCUGAAAUUUUUAAAAACGAAGAUUCUAUUAUUUUUCUGCGACUAGAUGUAUUACGAGAACCAAAUUUAGCUGAACAGUUUGAAACGCGCCAAUACCCUUCAUUAUAUUGGUAUGCAGACGAUGAGCGUCCCCAAAAAGCCAGAUAUGGCGGGAAAAUGGACGAUACUCAGAUCUUGGAAUUCAUCAAAGACCAAACUGGAAUUCAAAGAACUAAAUCCGGGGCAUUAGUAGAAAAUGCAGGGCGACUUACUGAUCUCGAUCGGUUGAUAUCGGAGCAAAUUCAUUUUAUUGAGAAAGUCAGAAACAUGGAUUUGAUUAUUACAGAAGCAAAACGAAGGUCUAAAUAUCAUAAACAAGAUUUGGCUAAAUAUUAUAUAUACCUAUUAAAAGAAAUUAAGAAAGCUAAAUCAGUUGAUAUCCUGGAUGACGAAAGAGCCGCAAUAAACAGAGCAUUGUCUGAAGAUCCUGGACCAAAGUCUUCAGAGGCGCUGAUCAAAAUGAGGAACAUUAUCUACGCCUUCGUGGACGCGACAGGGAAAGAUUUACAUAAGAAUACUGCAGAAUCCAAGUUCGUUGUGAAUAGGGAAGCCCGCGAAGUCAAACUACAGAUUGAUGAAGAACUUGUAUAUCUUGAUAACGGCGAGGAAUACCGAGCCACGGGUGACGGUAGGACCGUUAAACUGAAGAAGAAGACGGGGAAACAGAAAAACAAAACUCAAGGCAAAGAAAACAGACAUUCACAUCAUCAUGACGAGUUGUAAAAUUACUUUUCGAUUUUUGAUUUUUGCUUACUAAUUAAAUAUUACAUGAUUAAUGAGCGUUGAGAUGUGUCACAAUAUUAAAAUAUUUUCAUUUUCUG